AUGGGGUUGUUCACUAUUUUAAAAAAGCUUAAACAGAAAGAAAAAGAAGUCAGAGUGUUGAUACUAGGAUUAGACAAUGCUGGCAAAACAACCAUCGUAAAGAAAUUUAAUGGUGAAGACAUAAACAGUAUAUCUCCAACACUAGGUUUUAGUAUUCAAACACUAGAACAUAUGGGUUUCAAAUUGAAUAUAUGGGAUGUCGGUGGACAAAAGUCUUUGCGAUCAUAUUGGCGAAAUUAUUUCGAAACUACUGACGCAUUAAUCUGGGUAGUGGACAGCUCAGAUCGCCUUCGUCUAGAAGAUUGUCGGAUAGAAUUGUCUAAACUACUAGUUGAAGAGCGAUUGGCCGGUGCUACUUUACUUGUUUUCGCUAACAAACAAGAUUUAUCUUCAUCAUUGAAAGCAUCACAAAUCCGUGAAUUAUUAAAUUUAGAUGAGAUAACAACACAUCAUUGGUUAAUACUUGGUUGUAGUGCAGUUACUGGAGAGAAUUUAUUAGAUGGUAUAAAUUGGUUACUUAAAGAUGUAUCUUGUAGAAUAUUUUCAUCAGAUUAG